AUUUCCUUUAAGUUUAUUUCAGAACGAACCGAUUGCCAUCAAUCUCAUAAGUUGAAGAUAAUUUUGUAUAAAAGGUCACGGCCCACAAAGCAAAAAGAAGAAUUUUGUAUAAAAUCGUAGAAUAAACACCAACAAUGUCGCAGCGUCCUCUAAAAUUGGAAGCUAUGCUAUUUGACUAUGGAACAACUAAUAAGACGGAUUACAGGGACGGAGAAAUUAAACCACAGAUCAAAACUGUCUACAAACAUAAACCAGAGCGCAAAAGACUUCCGACGCCUCCCGGAAACUUCGUUCACACUAUGAUGCCGUGGCGAGCGCCAAUGCCCUUCGACGCGUUCAUCAAGCCGAAUGACAUCACGCGGAAUAACCCGCAUGUUGUGCAAAAAAAAUUCACAUCACCCCAUGACACCAAACGCCUUGAAGUUCAAAAGACCCGGCCCCGCCUGGUAAUGACGCCGGCAUUAAGUAUGGAUGACAUGGAGGAGCCUGCACGCAGUAUCCUCAUCAAUGAGAUGUACACCACCGAUAUGACACAGAAGAUGGAGGAAGCUAUUUCGCCUACUGUAAGCAUUAAGGCGCCAUUGCCCGGACACCCAGCGCCCGCAAAUCCGAUGGCACUACGCCCGUUAAAGCCACCAUACGUCUCUCCUGAGUGGCGUAUGGAAACACUAUCUUGGGACCGCAAGCAGUUGCGCUCUUAUUGCGAUUCCACAAGAGAUUUCUGGCUACGUCCAAAAAAAUGAAAUUAAAAACGAUUAUUGCAAAAAUAAUUUUAAACGCCCAAAAAAUAAUACGAAAGCCUUUUAGUUUUCGUUCAAAAAUGUUUCCCUCGAAAUCGAACGAUUUUAGGUGUCUUCAUAUUAGAUAGUUGUAGAAGCGCUGCUGUUGCGCGGCAGCCGUGCAUCUGUUACGCUUCAGUGUUAUUUAACUCACUAAUUGUGAGUGUAAAAGUAGCGCGCGCGUCUCAGGAUAGUGGCGCUGCAACUGCGCUUCUAAACAUCGUAUGAAAUUAGUAACCUAGUGGCGCGGCAGCAGCGACACAGUGGCGCCACUGUAGCGCUGCUAUAAACGUCUAAUUUGAAGGCGCCCUUAAAUAUAAGAACGUUAAGUUUGAGGAUUAUCUUUUUGCAGUUUGAGCAUGGCAUUUUAAACUUAUUUCAAGAAAUAAAUCAAGGAUGAAGUGAAACUAUUAUUUCAGAUCAAAAUAG